AUGGAGACGAAAAAUCAGAAUUCUUUCGUUCUCAAGGAGCUUAACAAGUUAAACUAUGACCAUAUUGCUAUGGUUCCAUCGUACGCACAAGGAGGAGGCGGUUUAGCCCUACUUUGGAAAAAAGAAAUUAACCUAAACAUCCUCUACCAGUGCGAUAACUUCAUUGACACAGAGGUCUCCUAUAAAAGGAAGAAGUUUGUGGCUACCUUUGUAUAUGGAGAACCGGACCGCCAAGACAGAGCAGAAAUCUGGGAAGCUAUCAAAGGAAGAACUGCAGGGCGUGAAACUCCAUGGUUCUUGACAGGAGAUUUCAAUGAGAUCUUAGAUAAUUCCGAAAAGAGUGGAGGAAGGACUAGACCAGAGGGCUCUUUUGUAGACUUUAGGUCCUUUAUGUCGGAGUGCGAUCUAUACGACCUGAGGUUCUCGGGGAAUUUUUUAUCCUGGAGGGGAACAAGAGGAAAGCAUCUAGUUAGAUGCAGAUUAGAUAGAGCAAUGGCUAAUAGCUCAUGGAUUGAUGCUUACCCGUCGGGAAGAAGCGAGUACCUGGAUUUUGGAGGUUCGGACCAUAGACCCUUACUGUCACUCUUCCACCCGGAAAAAAAGAAAGGAAGAGGCCUUUUCCGUUAUGACAUGAGUCUAAGAAACAACGAGGAAGUGAAAAAUUUAGUCACGUCGGCUUGGAAUGCUUACCCUAGAGCCUCGGUAGAGACACGGAUAUCAAGCUGUAGACGAGCGAUCAUUCAAUGGAAAAAGGAGCAACACCUAAAUAGCAAAAUGAAGAUUGAGGAAAAGAAAAGAGAACUGGAGGAAGCUAUGACCAACAAUGGAACCAAUGAAUCUCAAAUCUAUCAAAUUAACAAAGAGCUCAAAAGUGCUUACAAAGCAGAGGAAGAGUAUUGGCGCCAACGGAGCAGGCAAAGUUGGCUCAAUUUAGGGAAUAAAAACAGUGGUUACUUCCAUGCUGCAACAAGAGGAAGAAGAGCAAGGAAUAAUAUCUCGGUGUUAGAAGAUGAUCAAGGAGUUGCAGUUUAUGAUGAGGGGAAAAUAGCUGAAGUGAUUACAUCUUAUUUUGAGAAAAUGUUUACCUCUCAAUGA